UCAGAGCUACCUUCAAACUGCAAGUGACGUGCCUGGGGGUCACAACCUGGAUCCCUCUGCAAACUACAAUUCCCCAAAGUUUCGCUCACGGAAUCAGAGCUAUAUGAGAGCAGUGAGCACGCUCAGUCAGGCCAGCUGUGUUAGUCAGAUGAGUGAAGCAGAGGUUAAUGGGCAAUUUGAAUCGGUGUGUGAAUCAGUGUUUAGUGAAGUUGAAGCUCAGGCAAUGGAUGCCCUUGACCUCCCUGGAUGUUUCCGAACAAGAAGCCACAGUUACUUGCGUGCCAUUCAGGCAGGCUAUUCCCAAGAUGAUGAAUGUAUACCUGCGAUGGCAUCUUCCAACAUCACCUCAACUAUCAGGUCUACCACAGCUGUAACUUACACAAGUUACAAAAAAACACCGCCACCGGUACCCCCUCGUACCACUUCCAAGCCCCUGAUCUCGGUGACGGCGCAGAGCAGCACAGAAUCCACGCAGGACGCCUAUCACGACAGCCGAACUCAGAGGAUUUCCCCGUGGCCGCAGGACGGGCGAGGGAUGUACAACUCUACCGACAGUUUGGACAGUAACAAGGCCAUGAAUCUCGCCUUGGAAACGGCGGCUGCGCAGCGCCACGCGUCCGACAGCCAGAGCACCUCCAUACGAACCAGUGACAAGGCCAUUUUAGUGACAAAAGCAGAGGAGUUUCUUAAGAGUCGACGUUCCUCUAUAGGGAUCCAGGUGGAAACAGCAACUGAUUCAGAUACUGAAAGCAGAGGCCUACGGGAAUACCACUCUGUUGGAGUACAAGUGGAAGAUGAAAAACGACAUGGACGAUUCAAGCGCUCAAACAGUGUAACAGCAGCUGUCCAGGCUGACCUGGAACUGGAGGGCUUUCCAGGACACAUCACCAUGGAGGACAAGGGACUUCAGUUUGGCUCAUCGUUCCAGCAGCACUCAGAGCCCAGCACGCCCACCCAAUACAGCGCAGUGAGAACUGUACGGACACAGGGACUAUUCAGUUACAGAGAAGAUUAUAGGACCCCAGUUGACACCUCAAACCUUCCACCACCAGAACCCUGGCUAGAGCCAGCCAUUGAGACGGUAGAGACUGGUCGAAUGUCUCCUUGUCGACGGGACGGAUCUUGGUUUAUGAAGUUGCUACACACUGAAACUAAGAGAAUGGAAGGAUGGUGUAAAGAAAUGGAAAGAGAAGCAGAAGAAAAUGAUCUUUCUGAAGAAAUCCUAGGUAAGAUCCGAAGUGCUGUUGGAAGCGCUCAGCUCCUCAUGUCUCAGAAAUUCCAGCAAUUUUAUUGGCUUUGUCAGCAAAAUCUGGACCCGAGUGCCAUGCCGAGACCAACUUCCCAGGACCUAGCAGGUUUCUGGGACUUAUUGCAGCUCUCAAUUGAAGACGUCAGCAUGAAGUUUGAUGAAUUGCAUCAAUUGAAACUCAACGAUUGGAAAAUAAUAGAAUCGCCUGAAAGAAAGGAAGAAAGAAAGGUCCCUCCUCCUGUACCAAAGAAGCCCCCAAAAGGAAAAUUCCCUAUCACAAGAGAAAAAUCUCUGGACCUCCCUGACAGACAGCGACAAGAAGCUCGAAGACGGCUAAUGGCUGCCAAGAGAGCAGCCUCUUUCCGGCAGAAUUCAGCCACAGAGCGUGCAGACAGCAUCGAGAUAUAUAUCCCAGAGGCUCAAACCCGGCUUUAAAGACAGAAUGCUGCAGAGUUCCUUUUUUAAACAAAAUGCUUGUACAGUUUGUCACUUACCUGGUAAUUUUUGUCUCAUUCUCUCCACUAAAUAUGCCCUUGCUGUUGUGUUCUUUGUGCCAUAAGCACAGUGGAAUGCUUUUGAUUUCCUCAGAAUUUGCUGAGCUCACCGCAAGAACGACUUCUUUUUGUAUUUAUUGUCUGACUUACAAUCAGCCACAAUGGAUAGGGCUUGUUGAGACCUGACUUAUCCAAUAUAUUCUCAGAGGACAACAAGAAACACCUCUUGAGAUGGAACCCAGCUUACUUUUUUGUUAUUUAUAUUUUUAUAAAAUGUGUGAUAAUUAGGGAUAAGAAUAACAAACUAUAAAUGGGUGCAUCUCACCAUUCACUAGAGGCAUUAGCUAAUCCAAGUAGAAGGUGCUACAAAUGUAAAGAGCAGGAAAGAAAGAACCCAUUUAUCUCUCUGACCUCCAGUUUCUUUUCCUAGAACCCAGCUAACAUAUUUACCCAUGCGCUCUGCCACUCUUCUCAUCUUUGUUACUGCAACAUA